AUGAAGUUACUGGCCUGUAGUCACAGAACCAUCCUGAAGUCCACAGGUCUCUGGUGGGUCAUUGCCAUGGUACCCUACUGCAAUGUCUUCCUCGACUAUGUGCUGACGUCCACCAGAGCUGUCAGUGCCUUUAUGGAGGAUAACCUCCAUAUCCUCAUAGGGUUCCUAGCCUGUGGGCCGGCUGGCAUGAAAGGGGCCAAGUACUCCAGCAGGGACAUCUCACUUGUGCGGUAUAGCAGGGGUGGAUCCACCUCUGCCACUUCCUAUCCAGUCCUGGACUACCUGGAUGUGUGCAUCUCUGAUACUGAUUGUAGCUCCUUCGAAGUGGCCUAUAUCAACAAGAAGCUGGAAGACCUGCUUAGCACCAUGGUACAGCUCUACAGUGAGAAGUCCUAAGGCCCCAGUCCCCAGGCCCUCAAGGCCUUUUCAGACUUCUACCCAACAAUGGGGCUCCUGAGUAACAUGAUGGUAAUGCCACCCAAAUCAGUUACUAGUUGA